AUGGAUAAUCUGGCCAAAGUAACAAAGCCAAAGGCCCAGCCUUCUAGAAAAGGCAAAAGAGCAUGGAGAAGAAACAUUGAUGUCGAAGACAUUAAUGAAUCCUUGGACGCCAAAAGAGACAGGGAGAUUUUGCAUGGUGAAGACGGUCGAGAUGAGUUCGUUAUCGAUACCAAAGGAUCAACUUCCAAGGGCCCUACGGCCAAGAAACUCAAGAUGACUGAAAUCUUGGCCAACAAGUCCAAGGUUGAGCCUAUCAGAUCCCGUUCUGUGAAGAAGAGGGUCAGUGGUAGCAAAGUCAAGGAGUUGAUGGCGUUGGGAGGAAGACUGAUCACUGAUGAGAAGCACCAAAAAAGACUCGAGAAGGAAGGACUCGUCAAGGGCGCCAACGUUGACGUUUGGGGUGAAAAUGACGAGGCUGCAUUGCCUGACGAGUUGAAGAAGUCUGCAUAUGUUUCCAUUACCAAACCUUCCAAGGUUCCUAAAACAGCACAGCAGGGUCCUAUUGCUCUCACGCUACACAAAACCAAGGGAUCCGUGGAGAACGAUGUUGAUGCAGGCAAGUCGUACAACCCUUCGCUUGAGCUGUGGCAGGCGUUGAUCGACAAAGAAUUCGAUGCUGAGAGCAGUGUGGAAAUGCAACGCCAGGCUAUGGCCGAGCACGAGAAGAGAAUACAGUUUCUUAUUGAAAACAUGAAGGAGGAUGUUUUCGAGUCUGAGGACGAAGAGACCAAGCCUCAAGAGGAGGAGGAAGAUGUUCCUGAGGAGGAGAAGUACAGACUCUCUCUCAAUGCCCCAGCCAAGUGGAAGAAGAAGACCAAGACCCAGAGAAACAAGAUGGAGCGUAACGCCAAGAUGCGUGAGCUUGAAACCAAGCUUCACGAUCUUAGGGUCAGAAUGAAGGAGCUCCAGCGUUUGGAGGAUAUCGAGAAGGAAGUUGAGACCAAGCAGGAGGCUUCCAAGAAUAAGGCACCCAAGCAGAAGAAGCACAGACGUCACGGAAGAAACGAGGUCAUUUUCAAGCCUCUUGAAGUGAAGCUUUCCGAUGAGUUGAGCGGAAACUUGAAGAACGUCAAGCCCGAGGGUAACCCAUUCUACGACCAGAUGCAUAGACUCCAAGCCAGCGGUAAGAUCGAGGCUUUGGGUCUCAGAAGAAAGAGACGUUAUGCUCCCAAGAUUGUCGAGAAGCAUAGUUACAGGCAUUACAAGUGA